AUGGUGAAGUGCAGGGUACCAAAUUGUAGUAACUCCACAACUAAUAAAAAGAUGCAUGUCUUUCCAGCAUCUAAUGAUCAAAUGUUUUCAAUUUGGGUGAAGAGGGCGAAUAAUCCUCUAUUGGAUGAGGUAACCCCUUCGGUUUGUGGCAAAAAUCGACAUAUUUGUGACGCGCACUUCACAAAUAUUUGCAAACUCGAAUAUUUGACAACAAAUGCAAAGACAAAUCUAAAAGUUAAUGCCCUACCUACUCUAAAUAUGCCAGGAUUCACUGGAGACCCAUACUUAGAGAAGAAUUGUCUUAUGGAUAGAGCUACAUUCCAACUUGGUGUGUCGAUUCGUGAUAAGAAUAUAAAGACAGGGGCAUACCGUUUGUCAACAAAUAAUAAUACACCCUUGGUUUCUUCAAACUUUAUGGAAGAUUACCAAUUAGAAGUGUCUCCUUCACUGCAGUUACAGAAUUGUUCUCAGGUCGCUAGAGAAUGUUUUGAUGCAAAAGGAGAACAAUCUGCAACACCGAGGACAAAGCCAAUGAAACAAAAAUUCGAUGAUUCAAAAAGUCUGUUGGAAAAUGAUGAAAUGUAUCUGCAGCAAUUUUUAAAAUCUCAGGGAACAAUUGAUGAAGAAAUAAAGCAAGCAACAGUUGAUAAACAAUAUGCAUUACCCAAAGAAUCUAAUGAAGAUAUUAGCAAGUCAAUUAAUUUAAUGGAUAAUAUGAAAAAAACAUAUCCAGGAAAAUGUAAAACAACAACCAACAAUUGCCUGAAAAUGCCUUAUGAAACAGAAUUGGAUGAAUACGAUAAUAUUUGUCCAGAAACCAAUGAAAUAUUACUACAGCGUUUUUUAAAAUCUGAAGUAACAAUUGAUGAAAAAACAAUUGAUGAGCCAUAUCCAGUCUUCAUUAUGUUAGAUGAAGAACCUUAUGUACGUAACGAAGAUAUUACUAAGCCAAUUAUGAACAAAUCAUUGGAAGAAGAACCAGGAAAAGGUAAAAUGGCAACCAACAAUUGCCUGAAUAUGUCUGAUGAAACUAAUUCAAACUCAACUAUUAAAAUUGAACCAAUUCAAUAUCCUCAAGUGAAGCAAGAAUUUGAUGAUAAUGAAGGAUUCAUCUUGCCAGAACACGAUGAAAUAUGUCUACAGCGUUUUUUAAUAUCUAAGGUAACAAUGGAUCAAGAAACAGUUGAUGAACAAGAUGCAACUAUCAGUACAGGUAAAAUAAUAUUAGAUGAAGAACCUUACCUGCAUAACAAAGAUCUUGGUAAGUCAAUUAAUUUAAUAUCUAAUGAAACAAACUCAAACUCAACCAUUAUAAUUGAACCAACUGAAUAUCCUCAAAUGAAACGAGAAUUUAAUGAUAAUGAAGAUAUGCCACAAAACAAAAUAUUUCUACAGCGAUUUUUGAAAUCUGAGGUAACAAUCGAGGAAGAAAUAAAGGAAGAAGAGAUUGAGUACCAAGAUUCGGCUACCAGCACACAUGAAAUAAGCUCAGUUCAAAAACAUUACAUAUGUAAUCAAGAAAUCAGUACGAAUAAUACGAGCAAAUCAUUUGAAAAUGUUUCAAGUAAACAUAAAACAAUCCAUAAAUGUGAAAUAUGUAAUAAAGGAUUUAAACGGUCAUUUGGUUUGAAUCGGCAUUUAUCAGUGCAUACUCAAGAACGCCCUUACAGUUGUGAAAUAUGCAAUAAAACAUUUAGAUCAAAACUUGGAUUUGAUGGACAUGAAAUUAUUCAUACUAGAGAACGGCCUUUCAAUUGCCAAGUAUGCAAUAAAACAUUUGCUAGAAAAGCCGCCUUAAAUAACCAUGAAAUUAUUCAUGCUGAAAAACGCCCUCAUGAAUGUCAAAUGUGCAAUAAAACGUUCACAACAAAACACAUAUUAGCCCGACAUGAAAUUAUUCACACUGGAGUACGCCCGUACAAAUGUGAAAUAUGCAAUAAAGGAUUUUCAGAUUUUUCUACUUUAAGAAAGCAUUCUGCAAGACACAGUGAAGAUCGACCUUAUAAAUGUGAAACAUGCGAUAAAACAUUCAAAUAUCAACCAGCAUUAUACCGGCAUAAAAUCAUCCAUACCGGAGAACGUCGUCAUGUAUGCAAAAUAUGCAAUAAGACGUUUAUUCAAUCAGCUCAUUUGAAAGUUCAUUUUGUUUUACACACCGGGGAACGCAAUUAUGAAUGUAAAGUAUGCAAUAAAAGAUUUUCAGAUUCAAGAAAUUUGAAAAUUCAUUCUAUAAAGCACAGUGAUGAUCGACCUCAUAAAUGUAAAACAUGUGAUAAAACAUUCAAAUAUCAAAGCACUUUAAAAAAUCAUGGAAAGAUCCACACUUCAGAUUUAGAUUGA